CUUUGCGAAGGGUUUUAUGUGGACUAACUUUAAUUUUAAGAAUUUAGUUGUAAACGCAUCGAGCACAGACAUUUUUUUUACUGAGUGAUGGCAGUUAUCUGUCUGGCAGCAAAGAAAUAUGCUGUUGAAGAAAUUCACGCUCAAAGUUGUUAAAUUUACCACGAAAGGAAGUGCUACGGACUAUGGAGGAGGUGAAGGAGAGGUCCAAGAGGAGGCCUUUGGUCCGGGCUGCAUCGGAGGAGAGCUCCAGCGAUCUGAGUUCGGUCAGUUACUCUCCAUCUCCUGGUGACACCCUGCCCUGGAACCUGCCCAAACACCAUCGCAUCAAGCGUUCUAAGUCUGCUUCUGGAGAUGUGCUGGACCCGGCGGAGAGGGCCGUCAUCCGCAUUGCAGAUGAACGGGACCGAGUCCAGAAAAAGACCUUCACAAAAUGGGUCAACAAACACCUGAUGAAGCACUGGAAGGCAGAGUCCCAGAGACACAUCACUGACCUGUACGAGGACCUCAGAGAUGGACACAACCUCAUCUCCCUGCUGGAGGUGCUCUCUGGGGAGACACUGCCUCGGGAGAAAGGCCGGAUGCGCUUUCACAAGCUGCAGAAUGUACAGAUCGCCCUGGACUUCCUCAAACACAGACAGGUGAAGCUUGUCAACAUCAGAAAUGACGACAUCGCAGAUGGAAACCCUAAGCUGACCCUGGGGCUGAUAUGGACCAUCAUCCUGCACUUCCAGAUCUCCGACAUUCAGGUGAACGGCCAAUCAGACGACAUGACGGCCAAAGAGAAGUUGCUGCUUUGGUCUCAGAGGAUGGUAGAAGGAUACCAGGGUCUGCGCUGCGACAACUUCACCACCAGCUGGAGGGACGGAAAGCUCUUCAACGCCAUCAUUCACAAACACAGGCCCUCUCUGAUUGACAUGGGCCAAGUGUAUCGACAAAGCAACCAGGAGAACUUGGAGCAGGCCUUCAGUGUGGCAGAAAGGGACCUGGGUGUCACCAGACUGCUGGACCCUGAGGAUGUGGAUGUCCCUCAUCCUGAUGAGAAGUCCAUCAUCACAUAUGUCUCUUCCCUGUAUGAUGCCAUGCCCAGAGUACCAGACAUCCAGGAUGGUGUUAGAGCCAACGAGCUGGAGCUGCGUUGGCAGGAGUACUACGAGCUGGUCACCAUGCUGCUGCAGUGGAUCAGACACCACAUCCUCGUCUUUGAGGAGAGGAAAUUCCCCACCAGCUAUGAAGAGAUCGAGGUUCUCUGGCGUCAGUUCCUGAAGUUUAAAGAAACAGAGCUUCCUGCAAAAGAAGCUGACAAGAACCGAUCCAAACACAUAUUCAAGUCUUUUGAGGGUGCAGUUCAGGCAGGACAGGUCAAAGUUCCUCCUAGUUACCACCCUCUAGAUGUGGAGAAGGAAUGGGGUCGUCUUCACGUCGCCAUCCUGGAAAGAGAGCGCCUCCUCAGGACAGAAUUUGAGAGGCUGGAGCGACUCCAGAGGAUUGUCAGUAAGGUCCAGAUGGAGUCCGGGGUGUGUGAGGAGCAGCUCAACCAGGUGGAGACUCUGCUGCAAACGGAUGUGAGGAUGCUGAGCUCAGGUAAACCUGCUCAGCACACCACAGAAAUGGAGGCCGACCUGGAGAAAGCUGAGGGAAUGAUCCGCCUCCUUUUCAAUGAUGUUCAGCUGCUCAAAGAUGGACGUCACCUUCAAGCAGAACAGAUGUAUCGCAGAGUGUAUCGUCUCCACGAGAGGCUGGUGAACGUCCGCAGCGAGUACAAUCUCCGCCUAAAGUCAGGUGUGAGCACUACGCAGAUCCCCAUGACUCAGGUCCACACAACCCAGGUUCAGGUCCUGCAGCAGGCCCCCAUGAGGGUGAGGCCCGAGCUGGACGAAGUCACCAUGCGGUACAUCCAGGAUCUCCUGGGCUGGGUGGAGGAGAACCAGCGGCGGGUGGAUGACGGGGAGUGGGGCUCUGACUUACCCACUGUGGAGUCCCAGCUCGGUAGCCACCGCGGCUUGCACCAGUCUGUGGAGGAGUUCAGGUCCAAGAUUGAGAGGGCAAAGGCUGACGAGAGUCAGAUCUCACCUGCCAGUAAAGCUGCUUACCGCGACUACCUGGGAAAACUGGAGCUGCAGUACGGCAAGCUGCUGAACGCCUCUAAGGCCCGCCUUCGUUACCUGGUGGAGCUUCAUGCCUUCGUCGUUGCUGCCACCAAAGAGCUGAUGUGGCUGAAUGAGAAAGAGGAGGAGGAGGUCAACUACGACUGGAGUGACAAAAAUACCAACAUGGUUGCCAAGAAAGACAACUAUUCGGGUUUGAUGAGAGACUUGGAGCUCAGGGAGAAGAAAGUGAAUGGCGUCCAGGCUACAGGAGACAAACUGCUGCGGGAUGGACACCCUGCCAGGAAGACCAUAGAGGCCUUUACUGCAGCUCUGCAGACUCAGUGGAGUUGGAUCCUCCAGCUGUGCUGCUGCAUUGAAACUCACCUGAAAGAAAACACAGCCUACUUUCAGUUUUUCUCUGAUGUCAAAGAGGCGGAGGACAGGAUCAAAAAGAUGCAGGACACAAUGAAGAGAAAAUACACCUGCGACCGCUCCAUCACUGUCACAAGGCUGGAAGAUCUCCUGCAGGAUGCAGCUGAUGAGAAGGAGCAACUUAACGAGUUCAAAACUCACCUUGAAGGCCUCAAACGAAGGGCCAAGACCAUUAUCCAGCUCAAGCCUCGUAACCCUGCUACAGCAAUAAAAGGCAAACAGCCCAUUCAGGCUGUCUGUGACUUUAAACAGAUGGAGAUCACAGUCCACAGAGGAGAUGAGUGCGCUCUGCUGAACAACUCCCAGCCUUACAAGUGGAGAGUGCUGAAUGACAAAGGCAGUGAGUCGACUGUUCCAUCCAUCUGCUUCCUGGUUCCCCCCACCAAUAAGGACGCUGUCAACGGUGUUGCCGGCCUCGAUGGAAACCUGCAGAGACUGCAGAACAUGUGGCAGAUGAUGUUUGUGGACAUGAAGAGUCUGCUGUCCUGGCAAUACUUGAUGAGAGACAUUCAUAUCAUCAAAUCCUGGAACAUCACAAUGUUUAAGACCAUGAGGGUGGAGGAGUACCGUCUGGCUCUGAGGAACCUGGAGCAGCACUACCAGGACUUCCUGAGAGACAGUCAAGACUCUGAGAUGUUCGGGGCAGAGGAUCGCAUGCAGGUGGAGUCCAGCUACAACAGAGCCAGCCAGCACUACAACACCAUGGUCAGCUCUGCAGAGCAAGGCUAUGAGCCUCCCAGAGCAGGAGAGCAGGAUGAGUCCAUGUGUAAGACUUACCUGACAAAGAUCAAGGACCUUCGACUGAGGCUGGAGGGUUGUGAGAAUCGAACAGUGACUCGCCUUCGCCAGCAGGUGGACAAAGAGCCGCUGAAAGCCUGUGCUCAGAAAACUGCAGAGCAGAUGAAAGUCCAAUCUGAGCUAGAGGGCUUGAAGAAAGACUUGAACACCAUCACUGAGAAAACAGAGGAAGUUCUGGCAUCUCCUCAGCAGCUGAGCUCAGCCCCAGUGCUGCGCUCAGAGCUGGACGUCACGCUGAAGAAGAUGGACCACGUUUACGGCCUCUCCUCCGUCUACCUGGACAAGCUGAAGACCAUCGAUGUUGUGAUCAGAAACACCAAAGACGCAGAGGACACUCUGAAGAGCUAUGAGAAUCGUCUGCGUGAUGUGAACAAAGUGCCAGCAACAGAGAAGGAGGUGGAGGACCAGCGCAGUCAGCUCAAGUCGAUGCAGGAGGAAGCAGAGUCUGACCAGGCAGUGUUCGACCGCCUUCAAGACGAGCUGAAGAAGGCAACAACCAUCAAUGACAAGAUGACGAGGAUCCACAGCGAGCGUGACGCCGAGCUGGACCACUACCGUCAGCUGGUCAACAGCCUCUUGGAGCGCUGGCAGGCUGUGUUUGCUCAGAUCGACAUCAGGAAGCGCGAGCUUGACCUCCUUGGACGCAACAUGAAGACAUACAACGGAAACUACGAGUGGCUGAUCCACUGGCUCGGAGAGGCAAGACAGAGGCAGGAGAAGAUUCAAGCCGUGCCCAUUGGCGACAGCAAGGCUCUCAAGGCACAGCUGGCAGAGGAGAAGAAACUCCUGGAAGAGAUCGAGACAAACAAAGACAAGGUUGAAAGUUGUCAGAAAAAUGCAAAGGAUUACAUCGACUCAGUCAAGGAUUACGAGCUCCAGCUUUUGACCUACAAAGCCCUGCAGGAUCCCAUCGCCUCACCUUUAAAGAAACCAAAAUUGGAGGCUGCAUCCGAUAAUAUCAUUCAGGAAUAUGUCACUCUGAGAACUCGCUACAGUGAGCUGAUGACUCUGACCAGCCAGUACAUCAAGUUCAUCAUAGACGCACAGCGCCGCCUGGAGGAGGAAGAGAAAGCUUCUGAAAAGCUCAAAGAAGAGGAGAAGAGAAAGAUGGCAGAGAUACAGGCUGAGCUAGAUAAACAGAAACAGUUGGCUGAGGCUCAGGCUAAAUCUGUGGCCAAAGCAGAACAAGAAGCUCAGGAGCUGAAGCUGAAGAUGAAAGAGGAGGCCAGCAAGAGGCAAGAUGUGGCAGGAGAGGCUGAGAAACAGAAACAGAACAUCCAACAGGAGCUGCAUCAGCUCAAGAGUCUGUCAGAGCAGGAGAUCAAGUCUAAGAAUCAGCAGCUGGAGGAGGCGCUGAGUAGUCGUACCAAAAUCGAGGAGGAAAUCCAUAUAAUUAGAGUCCAGUUAGAGACAACAAUCAAACAGAAAGCCACAGCUGAGACGGAGCUACAAAACCUCAGAGACAAGGCUGCUGAUGCUGAGAAGCUCAGGAAAGCUGCUCAGGAGGAGGCAGAGAGGCUGCGCAAGCAAGUGACUGAAGAGACUCAGAAGAAGAAAAAUGCCGAAGAUGAGCUGAAGCGUAAAUCUGAGGCAGAAAAAGAAGCCGCCAAACAGAAGCAGAAAGCUCUGGAAGACCUUCAGAGAUUCAAAAUGCAGGCUGAGGAGGCAGAGAGGCGCAUGAAACAAGCCGAGGAGGAGAAACACAGGCAGAUCAAGGUGGUAGAGGAGGUGGCACAAAAGUCAGCUGCCACACAGCUGCAGGCCACAACCAUGUCAUUCAGUGAGAAGGCAACUAAACUGGAGGAAUCCCUGAAGAAGGAGCAAGGCACCGUGCUUCAGCUGCAGGAGGAGGCAGAGAAACUUCGGAAACAACAAGAGGAAGCUGACAAAGCCAGGGAGCAGGCAGAGAAAGAGCUUGAAACAUGGAGACAGAAAGCCAACGAGGCGCUCCGCCUGAGGCUACAAGCCGAGGAGGAGGCUCAGAAGAAGAGCCAGGCUCAAGAGGACGCAGAGAGGCAGAAGGUCGAGGCAGAACGGGACGCUAAGAAAAGGGCCAAAGCUGAGGAAGCUGCUCUGAAACAGAAGGACAACGCAGAGAAAGAGCUGGAGAAACAGAAGAAGUUUGCUGAACAAAUAGCCCAGCAGAAGUUGUCUGCAGAGCAGGAGUGCAUCCGACUAAAGUCUGACUUUGAACACGCUGAACAGCAGAGAGGCCUGCUAGACAAUGAGCUCCAGAGACUGAAGAAAGAAGUGACUGAUGCUGAAAAGCAGAGAAAACAGCUCGAAGAUGAGCUGGCUAAAGUCAGAAGUGAAAUGGACUCUCUUCUUCUGAUGAAGGUCGAAGCUGAGAAGCAGACCCUGUCAAACACAGAGAAGAGCAAGCAGCUUCUGGAGUCUGAGGCGCUUAAAAUGAAACAACUCGCAGAGGAAGCAGCAAGACUGAGAUCAGUCGCCGAAGAGGCGAAGAAGCAGAGGCAGACUGCAGAAGACGAGGCAGCUCGGCAAAGAGCUGAGGCUGAAAAGAUCCUCAAAGAAAAACUGGCUGCUAUCAAUGAAGCAACUCGACUCAAGACUGAAGCUGAGAUCGCUCUGAAAGCCAAAGAAGCAGAAAAUGAAAGACUGAAAAGAAAAGCUGAGGAUGAGGCUUAUCAGAGGAAGCUGCUGGAGGAUCAGGCUGCUCAGCAUAAACAAGACAUAGAAGAGAAAAUCACACACCUGAAGAGCUCAUCAGACUCAGAGCUGGUGAGACAAAAAACAAUUGUAGAAGAAACCCUGAAGCAGAAGAAGGUGGUUGAAGAAGAAAUUCACAUCAUUAAGAUCAACUUUGAGAAAGCAUCCAAAGAAAAGUCCACUUUGGAGGCAGAGUUGAAGAAACUAAAAGGGAUUGCAGAUGAGACAGAGAAGAGCAAACUCAAGGCUGAACAGGAGGCUGAGAAACUGAGAAAGCUUGCUGCUGAGGAAGAGAAGAAAAGGAAAGAAUCAGAGGAGAAGGUGAAGAGGAUCACUGCAGCAGAGGAAGAAGCUGCACGGCAAUGCAAAGCUGCCAAGGAAGAAGUGGAGCGCCUCAAAAAGAAAGCCGAAGAGGCCAAUAAACAGAAAGAAAAAGCGGCAAAAGAAGCAGAAAAGCAGGUGGUUUUGGCCAAAGAGGCAGCACAGAAAUGUAGCGCCGCAGAGCUGAAAGCCCAAGAAGUUCUCAGCAAAAAUAAAGACGACGCUCUUGCUCAGGAAAAACUGAAAGGAGAAUUUGAAAAUGCCAAGAAACUUGCACAAGCUGCUGAGAAAGCCAAAGAGAAAGCUGAAAAGGAGGCUGCCCUGCUCCGUCAAAAAGCAGAGGAGGCUGAAAAACAGAAAAAAGCUGCAGAGGAUGAAGCUGCCAAACAGGCCAAAGCUCAAAAAGAUGCAGAGAAGUUGAGGAAAGAGGCAGAAGCAGAGGCCUCCAAGAGAGCAGCAGCUGAAGCAGCAGCUCUGAAGGCAAAGCAGCAAGCUGAUGCAGAGAUGACCAAGCACAAAAAAGAAGCAGAACAAGCACUGAAGCAGAAGUCUCAGGUGGAGAAAGAGCUCACAGUGAUCAAACUGAAGCUGGAUGAGACCGAUAAGCAGAAAGCUGUGCUUGAUGAGGAGCUUCAGAGAGUUAAAGGUGAAGUCAAUGAUGCUGUCAAGCAAAAGAAGCAGGUGGAAGAUGAACUGUCCAAAGUUAAGAAGCAAAUGGAUGAGCUCCUGAAACUUAAGCUGAAGAUUGAAGAGGAAAACAAACGCCUCAUGAAGAAAGAUAAAGAUAAUACACAGAAAUUACUUGCAGAGGAAGCUGAGAAAAUGAAGAGCCUAGCAGAGGAUGCUGCAAGACUUAGUGUGGAAGCUGAGGAAGCAGCAAGACAGAGACAGAUCGCUGAGUCUGACCUAGUUGAACAGAGAGCACUGGCAGAGAAAAUGCUAAAGGAGAAAAUGCAGGCAAUCCAGGAGGCUACCAAACUGAAAGCUGAGGCAGAGGAGCUCCAAAAACAGAAGAACCAGGCACAGGAGAAGGCCAAAAAACUACUGGAGGACAAACAACAGAUCCAGCAGCGCCUCGACAAAGAGACAGAGGAUUUCCAGAAGUCAUUAGAGGCUGAGCGCAAGAGGCAGAUGGAAAUAUCAGCAGAAGCAGAGAAACUAAAACUGAAGGUCAAAGAGCUCAGUGACGCUCAAGCAAAAGCUGAAAAGGAGGCUAAGAAAUUCAAGACCCAAGCUGAUGAAGCAAAAGCACGUCUGCAAGAGACAGAAAAGCAAAGUACAGAGUUGGUUGUGCAGAAGUUGGAGACACAGAGGCUGCAGAGCACCAGAGAGGCCGAUGACUUGAAGAAAGCCAUCGCUGAUCUUGAAAAAGAGAGGGAGAAGUUGAAAAAAGACGCAGAGGAGCUUCAGAAGAAAUCUAAAGAGAUGGCAAAUGCCCAGCAAGAACAAAUAGAGCAGCAGAAGGCCAUUCUUCAGCAGUCCUUCCUCACAGAGAAAGAGGUGUUGUUGAAAAGAGAGAAGGCAGUGGAGGAUGAGAAAAAGAAACUUCAGAAACAGUUUGAGGAUGAAGUGAACAAAGCCAAAGCUCUUAAGGAUGAACAAGAACGUCAGAGGAAGCUAAUGGAAGAGGAGAAGAAGAAACUACAGGCCAUUAUGGAUGAAGCCAUCAAGAAACAGAAGGGUGCUGAAGCAGAGAUGAAUAACAAGCAGAAAGAAAUGGAAGUGCUUGAAAAGAAAAGGCUCGAGCAAGAAAAACUUCUGGAAGACGAAAAUAAAAAGCUCAGAGAGAAACUCAAGACUCUUGAGGUUGCCUCCAAACAGGCUGCUUCUAAAACAAAGGAAAUUGAAAUCCAAACAGAUGAGGUGCCUGAGGAGCAGUUAGUGACGAUGACCAUGGUUGGAACAACAAGGAAAGUUUUCAAUGGAUCUGUUGAAGUGGAUGGAGCAAAGAAAGACGGAGAAUCACCUUUAGCAUUUGAUGGUGUAAGAGAGAAAGUUCCUGCUGAAAGGCUUCUCGAUGUCGGUAUCCUGACCAAAAAGGACUUUGACAAACUGAAGAAGGGAAAAGUCUCUGUUCAAGAACUUGGAAAGAAUGAUAAAGUCAAGUCAUUUCUUAAGGGUCAGAACAGUAUUGGAGGUGUCUUGACUCCAUCCAAAGAGAAAAUGAGCGUCUACCAGGCCAUGAAGGCAAAAAAGAUUGCUCCUGAUACAGCCACAAUGCUCCUGGAAGCUCAGGCUGCUUCUGGUUACAUUGUAGAUCCAGUCAAAAACAAACUCCUCUCUGUAGAUGAUGCUGUUAAGGAUGAGUUGAUUGGCCCUGAGCUCCACGAUAAAAUGCUGUCAGCUGAACGAGCAGCCACUGGCUUUAAAGAUCCCUACACUGGAGCUAAAAUCUCCCUUUUUGAGGCUAUGAAGAAGGGACUUAUCGAAAAGGAGCCAGCCACAAAAUACCUCGAUGUUCAGCUUGCAACUGGUGGUAUCAUUGAUCCCAUCAAUAGUCACAGGGUGCCACUUCAGACUGCCUAUAAACAGGGUCAGUUUGAUGCAGAUAUGAACAAGAAACUAAGUGAUCCCAGUGAUGAUUGCAAGUUAUUCAUUGAACCAAGCACCAAGGAGAAACUCACAUACAAACAGCUGCUGGACAAAUGCACCAAAGAUGCAGAGACAGGAAUGCUGAUUUUACCAGUAACAGAGAAAGCUGCAGAAGGCGAGAGAACAUUCACAGACCAGGAGACUAAAGAAAUGUUAAGCAAGUCCAAGGUUGAUGUGCCUUUUGGAAGGUUCAAAGGCAAAACUGUCACCAUCUGGGAAGUUAUUAACUCUGAAUAUUUCACUGAAGAUCAAAGAAAAGACCUGAUUCGCCAGUACAAGACAGGCAAGAUCACCGUGGAGAAGAUCAUUAAAAUCGUCAUCACUGUCGUUGAGGACAAGGAGAAGAAUAAUGAGAAUGUGUUCUUUGGUUUGAGGGCACCAGUCUCUGCUAAUGAGCUGUUAGAGGCUAAGAUCAUCAACAAAGACUUGUUCAAUAAGUUGAGUAAUGGCAAGAUAACGGUAAAAGAGAUCUCUGAGACAGAGCCAGUGAGGAAGGCACUGCAAGGAACACCCAGCAUUGCUGGAUUGUUGAAUGAACCAACCAAGGAGAAGAUGCCAUUCUAUCAGGCUAUGAAGAAAGACUUACUGUCUCCAGAAACUGUGGUGAGUCUUCUCGAAGCUCAAGCAGCAACUGGGUUUGUUAUCGAUCCAGUCAAAAAUGAGAGAGUCCCAGUUGAUGAAGCCGUGAAGUCGGGUCUUGUGGGACCAGAGCUGCAUGAACGACUUCUGUCAGCAGAGAGAGCCAUAAGCGGCUAUCAAGAUCCAUACACUGGCAAGAAGGUGUCUCUGUUUGAAGCCAUGAACAAAGGCCUUAUCAAGAAAGACCAUGGCAUCCGUCUGCUAGAGGCACAACUCUCAACAGGUGGAAUCAUCGACCCUGUUAAAAGCUAUCGCAUCCCACAUGAGUUGGCCUGCAAGCGUGGGUAUUUUGAUGAGGAAAUGAGCAAGACCUUGAACAAAAACACAGAUGAAACAAAGGUCUUUUAUGAUCCCAACUCGCAAGAGGAUUUAACCUAUGCUCAGCUCAUGAAUAAAUGUAUUACAGACAAAGAGACUGGACUUCCAUUGCUUCCUCUGUCAAAGAAGGCAGCAAGGCCAAAAGAAGAGAAACAGAUUACAGAGGCUAAAACAAAAGAGGCUUUGAAUCAGACCACUAUGGAGCUUGAUUAUGGCCCUUUCAAAGGAAGAAAAGUCACAAUCUGGGAGAUCAUAAACUCUGAAUACAUCACUGAGGAGCAAAGAAUAGAGCUCAUUCGCAGGUAUAGAAUGGGACAGGUGACAAUCGAGAAGUUGAUCAAGAUUGUCAUAACAAUGGUGGAGGAAAAAGAGGACAAAACAAAGGAAGAGGGAUGUUUUGAGGGCCUUAGAGCACCAGUCACUGCCCGCUCAUUGCUUGAUUCCAACAUCAUUGAUAAGGCAACAUUUGACCAACUUGAACAAGGUAAAAUGCCACCUAAAGAGGUUAGUGACACUGACAAGGUAAAGAAGUAUUUACAGGGCACAGACCGCAUUGAUGGCAUCACUCUUGGAGAUUCAAAUGAGAAGAUCAGCAUAUAUCAAGCAAUGAAAAAGAGCAUCUUGCAACAAAAAACUGGGCUUGCACUACUUGAAGCCCAAGCUGGAACUGGUUUCAUGACUGAUCCGGUCAAAAACCAGAGAUACACUGUGGACGAUGCAGUAAAGGAAGGAGUUGUUGGCCCAGAGCUUCAUGAAAAGCUUCUCUCGGCUGAAAAAGCAGUGACAGGAUACAAAGAUCCUUACACUGGCAAUAAGAUUUCUCUGUUCCAAGCCAUGAAGAAAGAGCUUGUUCUAAGAGAACAUGCUAUUCCCCUCUUGGAAGCUCAGUCUGCUACAGGAGGGAUCAUUGAUCCAGUCAGUAGCCAUCGUGUACCUGAUGAUGUGGCCAUUCAGCGUGGCUAUUUCAGCAAACAAAUGUCCAAGUCCUUUAAUGAACCCUCAGGUGACGUGAAAGGCUUUACCAACCCCAAAACCAAUGAAAAUGUCACUUACAAGCAGCUAGUUGAGGAGUGUGUCAGGGAUCCCAUCUCUGGUUUGUGCUACCUGCCUCUGACCAAGGUCGAAUCACCUUCUCCUGUUGAGAAAUCUUACCAGUUCUCAGAGGAGCAAGCCCAGACAGAUCUAGCAAAUACUCAAAUUGAGAUCCCACACAAGAGUUUUGCAGGAAAGAGUAUGACCAUCUGGGAAGUCAUGAACUCAAAUAUGCUUCCAGAAGAAGAGAGGCGCCGCCUUAUGGAGCAGUAUCGCUUAGGGCAGAUCACAAAGGACAGAAUGCUUAUCAUCAUCAUUGAAAUCAUUGAACAAAGGGAGACCCUGAAAUCAGAGCAAGGCAUGUCCUGUGAUGUUAUCAGGAGAAGAGUCACCAUCGAUGAUCUGUACAGUGCUCGUAUUAUUGACCUAAAUACUUACAACCUCUUGAAACAAGAGAAGAUAACUAUUCGUGAAGUAAUGGAGAUGCCAUCAGUGAAACAGUACCUCUUUGGAACUGGUUGCAUUGCUGGAAUCAUGUCAGACAGUCCUCCAAAGAUGAGCAUUUACCAGGCGAUGAAGAGUGGAAAGAUUAAACCUGAGGUUGCUCUGAAUCUGCUUGAAGCCCAAGCAGCAACAGGGUUCAUGAUUGACCCUCUGAAAGAUGAACUUCUGACAGUUGAUGAAGCGGUACGCAAAGGGCUUGUUGGCCCUGAACUUCAUGACAAGCUGCUUUCUGCUGAAAGAGCAGUUACAGGUUACAAAGAUCCCUACAGCGGUAAAGUGAUCUCUCUCUUCCAGGCAAUGAAAAAAGAUCUCGUUCCUGAGGAUUAUGCCUUGGGGCUUUUGGAAGCCCAGAAUGCCACUGGUGGAUUAAUGGAUCCUGAGUACAACUUCCACCUCCCAAUGGAUGUAGCAAUGCAGCGUGGAUACAUCAACAAAGAGACACUAGAGAGAAUAACUGAACCCACUGCAGAUGUGAGAGGUUACAUUGAUCCAACAACAGAAGAAAAACAGACCUAUGCUCAGCUCCUAAAAAGAUGCAGAGUUGAUAAAGAAAGUGGACUGCGUCUGCUUUCACUGGCAGACAGAAGACUUCUCUUUAAGGGUCUCAGAAAGCAGAUCACUGUUGAAGAGCUGCUCCGAUCACAGAUUAUUGACCAAAAGACAUACAACGAACUCACUGAGGGUACCAUCACAGUGGAGGAGGUCAGCAGAGAGCUGAAGAAAUUUCUUGAGGGUAUCAGCUGUAUUGCUGGCGUGUAUGUAGAAUCAAGCAAAGACCGCUUGUCCAUUUACCAAGCAAUGAAGAAGAACAUGAUCAGACCAGGCACUGCCUUUGAGCUCCUUGAAGCCCAAGCUGCCACAGGGUAUGUGAUUGAUCCUAUCAAAAACCUGAAGUUAAAUGUCGCUGAAGCCGUAAAGAUGGGCGUUGUCGGCCCAGAGUUCAAGGAUAAACUCCUCUCAGCUGAAAGAGCUGUCACAGGCUACAAGGAACCUUAUUCUGGCAAGAUCAUCUCUCUAUUCCAGGCUAUGAAAAAAGGUCUCAUUCUGAAAGACCAUGGCAUUCGUCUGCUGGAGGCCCAAAUUGCUACUGGUGGAAUCAUUGACCCACAGGAGAGCCAUCGCUUGCCAGUGGAAUCAGCAUAUGAACGUGGCCUCUUUGAUGAGGAAAUGAAUGAAAUCCUCACUGAUCCAUCAGACGACACAAAGGGCUUCUUUGACCCAAACACUGAAGAAAAUCUCACCUACCUGCAACUCAUGGAGAGAUGUAUGAUAGACCCAGAAACAGGUCUUGCUCUUCUAAUGCUGAAAGAAAAGAAGCGAGAAAGGAAGACAUCUUCCAAGUCUUCUGUCCGCAAACGCAGGGUCGUCAUUGUCGAUCCAGAGACUGGUAAAGAGAUGUCUGUGUAUGAGGCAUACCAGAAAGGCCUUAUAGACCACCAGACCUACCUUGAGCUUGCAGAGCAGGAGUGUGAAUGGGAAGAGAUCACCAUCACCUCCUCUGAUGGCAUUGUAAAGUCUAUGAUCAUUGACAGGAGGUCUGGUCGCCAGUACGACAUUGAUGACGCAAUCUCAAGAGGUCUGAUCGACAAGUCCGCUCUUGAUCAGUACCGUGCUGGAACUCUGUCCAUCACAGAAUUUGCAGACAUGCUUUCUGGAAACAUGAGCGGAGUCAGGUCACGGUCAUCCUCCUUUGGCUCCUCUUCCUCUUACUCCAGCCCAGUACCAUCUAUAAAACCACCAGCAACCACAUGGAACGACCCAACAGAGGAAACUGGUCCUGUGGCUGGCAUCCUUGACACAGAAACACUGGAGAAGGUAUCCAUCACAGAGGCCAUUCACAGAAACCUUGUGGACAAUAUUACAGGCCAAAGGCUGCUGGAGGCUCAGGCGUGCACUGGUGGUAUUAUCGACCCAAAUACUGGAGAGAAAUUCUCUGUUGGAGAUGCAAUGAACAAAGGGCUUGUGGAUAAAAUCAUGGUGGACCGCAUCAGCCUAGCCCAGAAAGCAUGCAAUGGAUUUGAGGAUCCAAGAACUAAAACCAAAAUGUCAGCAGCUCAAGCUCUAAAGAAAGGCUGGCUGUACUAUGAGGCUGGACAGAGAUUCCUUGAGGUCCAGUAUCUCACCGGUGGAUUGAUUGAACCGGAUGCUACAAGCAGAGUCUCCAUAGAUGAGGCUGUAAAGAAGGGCACCUUAGAUGCACGCACUGCACAGAAGUUACGGGAUGUUAGUGCAUACUCGAAAUACCUCACAUGCCCUAAAACCAAGCUGAAAAUCUCUUACAAAGACGCCAUGGACAGAAGCAUGAUUGAGGAGGGGACCGGUCUGCGACUACUUGAAGCAUCAUCUCAAUCCAGCAAAGGCCUUUACAGUCCUUACAGCAUGAGUGGGUCUGGAUCAGCGACUGGCUCACGGUCCGGCUCAAGAACUGGUUCAAGAUCGGGCUCCAGGAGAGGAAGCUUUGAUGCUACAGGAUCCAGUUUCACAACAACUUUCUCCUCCACUUCCUAUGGUUCUCCAAGCUACAGCCGCCGAUACUGAAAGGAAUGAUUUUUAAAGGAAGGAUACACUACAAAACCAGUGUUCACAAGAUGCCUAAUUCUCAGUAGAAUAAGAGCUACCUUUAUUCUGCUCUGCAUGUGAUUGUUACAAGACUUUUAAUAUUUAAUUUUUUACAAGUUAAAUCAUUUUGUUUAUAGUAUAUCUCACAUUUAGUUUUAGUUGUUUGUGCUAUCUUAUCAGACUUUCUGAUAACUGUACUGUACCCAGCUUACGCCAUAGCUGUUCCAGUGUCUCUUGAAAAAACUGUUCUUUCUAUUCUUUUUGGUUUUAAAAUAUAUCAUAAGCAUAUCCUAUUCAACAACAAAAAAAAAAGAUUCUAUUUUAAAAAAUGUGUUUAUUACACAGCAACCAAAACCGUUCAUUACCAAUAGUCUGAUUGUCAAAAGGAACCAAAUUUUUGUUGUACAAACAAAAACCCUUGUACAUGUGUAUAUUUCUGAACAGUGAACAAAGUUAGCUAAAGAGAGAUAAAUACAACUCUGCAGAGCAGAAUAAAGAGUCUUCCGAAGAUGAAUACACACUGAAAGUGUCAGCUUUAAUAAUGCCAAGCUUCAAGAUCUUUUCUCUUCUGGGCCACACUGCCGAUAUCUACUCCAUUCCCACUUUUCAUAAAACCUGGAGUUACAACAACAAAAUGUCAAAUGAAGCUCAAAAAGUUUAAGAUCCCUCAUGUGGAUGGAUCAUCCAGCCUGUUCUGACCAUUAACACCUUAACACAUCAAACCUCAAGACCAACACAUACAAGUCCCUGCUUUUCUUCACAUUUAAAAUGAAACCGUCUACGCAGGUCGUGUCUUCUGCAACGCUCUCCUCGGAUGUCUUCCAAUGACCUACGGGAUCAAUCUGGACUUAAAUCAAUGAUUUUAUGCAACAGUACAGUUAAAGUCUUGCACAUCAUACUGUUUGGUCAGAUUUCUUUUAAAGCGAAUCAUUUUUAAGCUAAUCUUGAACACAUAUAAAGGCCUAAACCUUGCUUUGUAAGUGCCUGCAAACUACUCUUGAACCCUCCAAUGGGAUAGGGACUGAGUAUAAUCAGAAGGUGCAGUGGUUACACUGUAAACAGACUGAUGCAUGGAGCAAUGCUAAUCAUAAUGGUAUGAGUACUGUGUAAUCAGGUAAGCCUUUUUACAGUCACUAAAUAAAUAACAGUUCAGUAAUAGCAUUUCAAUGUCAAAGAUGUGGUAGUCACACAGGGCUAAAAUGAAUGAUCUGAAUGUUUAAUAGUUAAGAUUUACAUGAUUUGAAUAUUUCCCUUCACAGACAAGUAAUGUAAUGUAUGUACUGUACAUUGACAAUGAUAUAAGCACUUAUGCUAAAAGCCAUUAAUCAACAUUUCUUUGAGAGAGAUCUUUAAGCUUUGCCACCAGACCCAGUAUUUGUAUUUUUCACAACAUAUACUUGUUUUUAUUUUGAUUCUACUUUGUAAAGCAACACUUGCAAUCUAUAUCACUUUAUUUUCAUACUCUAUAUUCUUGCUUUGCAUGAUUUACUAACAUUUAAAAGGUGCAAAAAUGAAAUAUUCUAUCCAUUAAAGCAUUUGUUUUAUUAUUACGUUUCAAAAGGUUUGAAGGAUGUAUUUUAAUGAGGGUUAUCAAGCCUUGGUUAAAAUGGUGUAUUUAUAAUAAAAUGGUGACAAGGAAUUUUAUUGCAACACCGUACGCAAUGUAAAUAAACAUGGAAAUUAAAUAUGCAA